AACGUCACAUUGCUCUGUUUUGACACAAUGGUGUCAGUAUUACUGACGUCGUGUCUGUUUUUCUUUUUUCAUCAUGCCUCAAGAAUGGAUAACCCUUAGACGAGAAGAUAUUCGUUUGCGAACUUUUAACGAACACUUCUCUGCCACAUUUUUAAGCCCCCUCUUACUUGCUAAAGCCGGUUUCUUCUAUGUGGGAGUUGACGAUCAAGUUCAAUGCGCGUUCUGCAGAGGAGUGGUUAGAGAUUGGGAAAUAAAUGACGACCCAAGAAGAGAGCAUCAACGUUUGUUUCCGUCGUGCGCUUUCAUAUUAGGUUUACCAGUAGGUAAUAUACCUUUGGGUGAAAAUCCAUCCACUGUACAUCUGAAUGUAGAACGAACUGCUUCUCUACCUGUACCUCAGCAGUUGAACAUAGGAUUUGGAGCUACCAGGCAGUUUACUUCACAAUUUAGACCAAAUGCCUCACCAGACACUGAAUUGAGAUCUCCAGACAGUAUGCAAUUGAAUGCAUUAGUAGGAGAAAAUUUGGAAGAGUUGGGCAUAACUAAACAUAGCGGACCUCGGUAUUCCUCAUAUGCUACUUUGGAUGCACGACUUAAAAGUUAUAAUAACUGGCCUUCCCACCUGAAGCAAACUCCAAGAGCAAUGGCUCUAGCUGGUUUCUUCCAUCUUGGGACCAACGAUCAUGUCAAUUGUUUUCAUUGUGGAUCGGGCUUAAGAAACUGGGAACCAGAAGACGACCCAUGGCUUGAACACGCUCGAUGGUUCCCUCAGUGUCGCUUUGUUAUGCUGAUGAAAGGUGAACAGUACAUUAAAGAAGCGACAGAAUCCAUGUCCAAUCAUCCUAAAGCCAAGCCUUCCCUGUCGGCAUCAGUGGGAAAUUCACGUGCCUCACCAAGAGAGGCUUCAGAAGCUGAACUGCGAAGUUUACUAGGAACUCCCAUAGUUCAGACUGUUCUAGCAAUGGGCGUUGACCUUUCUCGUGUUAGGCAGGCCCUAAAAUACCAAAUUCGUACUACUGGGCAGCCUUUCAACACAGUUGAUUCGCUUCUUGAGGCAGCUAUUGAAAUUCAGCAUCACAGCGAGCAUCGCCAGUCGUUGGAAGAUGGCAACUAUGAAGAUGUGGACUGGCCGUCAGCUGUACCUUCCUCUUCUCGUCGACGUGUAACAUCAACUGGAUAUACCCUUGUAGAACUUCCCGUUUCUCUAAGUACACCGAGCGAUGAACAUAGAACAAAUACCAAUGAGAACGUACCAAUUGUACCAUUGGUUUCGGAAGUAAGAUCUGAAACCCCGCUUUCGCAUCGGGAAAUGGAUACUCUUAGUAAGCCAGAAAAUCCUGAAAAAAUAAAAGAACAAAGUUGUGCCCUAGAGGUAUCAGCUUCAUGUGAAACAUCCACACAAUCCGUCGAUAGAACCCAAAUUUUGGAAGAGGAGAUUCGUCGCCUGAAAGAAGCUCGUCUCUGCAAAGUAUGUCUUGACGAGGAAGUGUCAAUUGCAUAUAUUCCUUGUGGACACAUUGUGACUUGUGUCCAAUGCGCGGCAGCUCUCGAACACUGUCCUCUUUGUCGAAAAAAUAUUAAAGGAACAGUCCGCAUCUUCUUGUCUUAAGUAGUUCAUUUGGAUUCGUCUAAAUGAAUUGGCGAUCGCAAAGACGAACUAUAGAUAUUUUCUGAAGUACAGUUCUAAGUUCUGGAACAACUUAGUACUUGUAAAUUUAAAAAAUUCCACUGUUAAUAAGUAUUUAGUAUGGAUUUUUGUUUAUUAUUUAAAUUCUUGCAAAUGUUCUUGCAAACCCACCGGCUUUAGUUUAAAAAAUAAACGGAAAGUUAUUCAAAUCUCAAA